UUUUUCAAAACCUUCAAUAGCUGUAAAGUUUGUUUUCAAAGUCAAGGGUAAUUUUCAAUAUGGAGCAGUUUGUUUUUCAGUUAUUAGUCGUAAUGGUUUUGGUGGUAGUGAUGGCACCAACCGCCAUUGUCGGCCAUGGUAUGAUGUUGAAUCCACCUCAGCGAUCAUCCAUGUUUAGGUUCGGUUUUGCAGUGCCUCCUAAUUACAACGACAACGGUCUUAAUUGCGGCGGAUUUGGGGUCCAGUACAACUCAGUGAACAAGGGCCGGUGUGGAGAGUGCGGCGACGAAUGGAGUUUACCGAGGCCUAGGCCGAACGAUGAAGGAGGCCGUUAUGGUACCGGAAUCAAAGGGAAAACCUAUCGCCAAGGAUCAGUUAUUGACAUCUCAGUUAAUGUAUCAGCCAAUCACAAGGGCUAUUUUGAAUUCCGGCUGUGCCCGAAGAAUUCCGCCAGCGAGCUAGUAACACAGGAGUGUUUGAACACAAACUUAUUGAAAUUGACAGAUGGCACAACGAGAUAUUACCUCCUAUCUUCAAUAUCCCAGCCGUUUUAUCCGCGAGUUCAGUUGCCUGUUGGUUUGACCUGCGAAAAUUGCGUUCUCCAAUGGUGGUAUAGAACAGGCAACUCGUGGGGCGUCUGCGACAACGGCGUUGGCGCUUUAGGUUGCGGGGAUCAAGAGACCUUCGUUAAUUGCGCUGAUAUAGCCAUCCUACCAUGAACAGGAAUAUCGGCCAUUGUUACUACACACUUUCAUUGAACAACCCAGAUUCACACAUGUAAAAUCUAAGCAUUCUUUAGUGAUUACAGUUAUUUCAUGUACCCAAUAAAAAUUUGGGGACUCCUCGUUUUGUUUGGACUAGUAUACUAUACCAUUAUAUUAAACCGUAUAAGUAAGUUAUUUGCUUCAUCCUUUGUUGCAUGUGUCCGACCUUAUCAAUUACAAAAUAUAAACAUUCUUGCGUGUUCAUGAAUGAGUAAAAAAAGAAUGCUUAUGUUCGAUUCAUUUCCUACUAUCGACGGGAUUAUCAAAAUGUAGUUUGAUGCCUUUAGUGUAUGUUAAUAUAGUAAAUCGAAUUUAUUUCUGUGUUGUAAAAUGAACUGUCUUCGAUGUUACAUAUUACUUAUUCCUGCUUUGCAUGCAUAUAACGCUUUUCAAUAGCUACACAAAUCGUUGCUUACUUAUCGUGACACCAUUAAGACAGCGAUAAGCUGGUACUGUACAUUCUUUGUGUGUUAUUGUAUCUCCUCACCUCGAAACGAAAAAUAAAGAUAAACAUAUCACUA